GGCUCCUGGACUUCUACUGGGUCCCGGUGUUGGUGGCGGUGGUCUGCUGUGCGCAGAGCGUGAACGACCCCGGGAACAUGUCCUUCGUCAAGGACACGGUGGACAAGCUUUUGGAGGGAUACGACAUCCGCCUGAGACCCGACUUUGGAGGUCCCCCCGUCUGUGUGGGCAUGAGCAUCGACAUCGCCAGCAUCGACAUGGUUUCUGAGGUCAACAUGGACUACACUUUGACGAUGUAUUUUCAGCAGUACUGGCGAGAUAAGAGGCUGGCCUACGCUGGGAUUCCCCUCAAUCUCACGCUUGACAAUCGAGUGGCGGAUCAACUCUGGGUGCCCGACACCUACUUCUUAAACGACAAGAAGUCAUUUGUGCAUGGAGUGACCGUGAAGAACCGCAUGAUCCGCCUCCACCCUGAUGGAACUGUGCUGUAUGGACUCAGAAUCACCACGACGGCAGCGUGCAUGAUGGAUCUGCGAAGGUAUCCAUUGGACGAACAGAACUGCACUCUGGAAAUUGAAAGCUACGGCUACACCACAGAUGACAUCGAAUUUUAUUGGCGAGGAGGGGACAAUGCAGUCACAGGUGUUGAACGGAUCGAGCUCCCCCAGUUCUCCAUCGUGGAAUACAGAUUGGUGUCAAGGAAUGUCGUCUUUGCCACAGGUGCCUACCCUCGACUCUCCCUGAGCUUUAAACUGAAGAGAAACAUUGGCUACUUCAUUCUUCAGACCUACAUGCCCUCCAUCCUCAUCACUAUUUUGUCCUGGGUGUCCUUCUGGAUCAAUUAUGAUGCUUCUGCAGCAAGAGUGGCCCUUGGAAUUACCACUGUGCUUACCAUGACCACAAUUAACACUCACCUCCGAGAGACUUUGCCCAAAAUCCCCUAUGUUAAAGCCAUUGACAUGUACCUGAUGGGCUGCUUUGUGUUUGUCUUUUUGGCUCUGCUCGAGUAUGCCUUUGUCAACUACAUUUUCUUUGGAAGAGGCCCUCAGAGGCAGAAGAAACUCGCAGAGAAGACAGCAAAGGCCAAUAAUGACCGCUCAAGAAGAGAAAGUAGCCGGGUGGAUUCUCGAGGAAACAUUUUGUUGACAUCCCUGGAAAUUCACAACGAGAUGAUAAGCAGCGAAAUGCCAGCGGGCACUGGGGAAGCCGGAAAUUUGUCCGUGUCCUUCGACAACUCAGGAAUCCAGCACAGGAAGCAGAGCCUGCCUCGGGAGGGUUUGGGGCGCAGGACGGGGGACAGAAACUUCCGGCACAAGAAGACCCGUUUACGGAGGAGGUCGUCCCAACUCCAAAUCAAAAUCCCUGAUUUGACGGAUGUGAACUCCAUUGACCGAUGGUCAAGGGUUGUGUUUCCAUUCACCUUUUCCCUUUUCAACUUAAUUUAUUGGCUUUAUUAUGUUAACUGAGGGAUGGAACAUGGUGUUUCAGAGACUUCAGUUAUCCCAGGGUGAACUAUUGCUCUACCGGUCGAAUUUUUAUACCUAUAUGUAUAUAUAGAUAUACAUAUAUAUUCACAAACACACACACACAUAUACAUAUAUAUAUUUAGUCAUAGACACGUGAACAGUCUCUAAUCAAAACAUGUUUAUAUGAGGACAUAUGUGUAUAUGGUUAUAUACAUAGGUAUAUGGGCCCAUCUGUAGGGAACAAAAAGCGCAUGUAUAUAUGUAGCUUUUGUGGCUAAAUAAUUUGACCCAGAACACAUAUUAAAGGUGUCUUUUGAUUUUUUAAUUUAAAUAAAUUGAUAUCAACAAAAUAUGUUGCCUUUGAGAAGGAGGGAGUGUUGUGUAAUGUCACCUCAGAGUAUGUUUUGACUGCUAAUGGAUGACAUGUCUUUAGAUCAGGAUUCAAAACAAUCUCACAUUUUAUUCCCACCAAUGCAUUCUGUGGGAUUAUUCAUUUAAAACAAAUCACUUAGCUUAUGAACUUUGAUUUUAAUGAAUGCUUUUAUGAAGGCCCAUUUUUGAAUGGAGUACAGCCUUGUUUUCUUCUCGUAUGUGCACAUCUUUUUUAGCGGUCAUUUCUUUGGAUUAAAUACAUUCACAGGGAGAAUGGACUUGCACUGUAGAUUUGUUGAAAUGUAUAUGUUCCUAAAUCCUUCUUUUAAAAAGCCAACAGGAUAGUAUGGAGUUCUAUUAUAUAUAAGGCAGUUUUUUGUUCACUUAGACUGGUUCCAGUUAACCUGUGACAUAUAAAGCUAAUACCGUUUGGCUGAGAUAGUAAACCUGGACAACGUGUUCUGCCAAUUUUAAGUGAUAUCUCAGUGAAAGCCUGGAAAUCUCAGGUUAUUUGUUAUUCUAACCCCAGAUCAUCUUAAUAUGUUCCAUUCACUCUCAUUCUUGUUAUCCAACAGUCUUUUACCCAUUGCAUUUUAAUAGAAAUAAUAUUUGCCUAACUUGCACAUACAUGCAGAUUUUAUCAAAAUUGUCUUCUGCUUGUUAGCACUGCAGUGGGAACAUGUCAUCGUUUUUCCUUACUUGAUGUGACAAACCCAUAUGAAUGAAAACAAAGGCAUUCAGCAUGAAAUGCUUCUACUACUGAAAUUCAGAGACCAAGGAGCAUCCUCAUGGUCUUCAUUUCCAUAUCUACCAUAUGCCGUGAGCACAUUAAACAUCCUUCUAUUCCCACAAGAGAGCUGUAGCUCUCAGCACCUGAUUGUGUGAAGUACCUGUGACUGUUCUCCUAAGAGAAAUACCAAAGCCUGGACACUUUGGGCUUCUUUGUCAUCUGUGUUCUUAUUUGAUUUUCAGCUUUGUAAAAUCAAUUAGUGAAGAAUUGAGGUUCACUGAUUUCAGAGACAAACAAUUUCCUAUUUAGAAAACUAGAUCUUUCUAAAGAAAACAGAGGAUAUAUUUUUGGUAAACAGAAUUUCUAGCACAGCCAUCCAUAAACAGAAAAUGAUGAUAAAACAGAUGUUACCUUGGAGGAGGGAAGACAAGAAUGUUCUGGGAAAAUGGCAAAUCUGGGCAGACCAGGAUCAAUCAAUCGAUAGUUAUUAUUGAGGGAGUGCUUACCUAUGCAAACUGUGUGAUAUAGUUUAGUAUAGUGCUUGGCUUAGAUAGGCUGUUGAGUGCUGUGCUAGAUACUUGGCAGAGAUCAACAGAGAUAGAAGACAAAAUUUCUAUCUGUAAGGAUCUUAUCAUGUAACAAGAGGGCAGACACAAAAUUAUUUUACAGUGGUGUGGAAAAUAAUAGAAUGGACCAAUGGAAAAAUGACUAAGUGCUUAAAUUUAGGGUGUGUAAAUCAAUAGUUGUGCAAGCAUUAUGGGUGACUCAGAGUACAGACAUGCCGAGGUGGCAGCUGGGAGAUAAUAAAAUAA